AUGCAUGCAUUUCUUUGGCAUCGUUCGACCACAGCUUUGUUUGUGGCAUUCUACGCAACGGUCCUUUUUCACAAUGAAGCCAAAAGCGCUCAAAGCAGCGUCUCAGGUAAUCCAGUCUAUAUAAUAAAAACUUAUUUUUUUAACAAUCUUUCUUUGUGGUUGUAACAGGUGAAUAACAUUUUGCAAAGCAGAUCCUUUGAAGAUACCUUCUCAUAGUUGAGCCUCUGGUGAGGUCAGAGUUUUUUCGAAAGUUCAAUGUCGUCAAAGUUUUGAUUUUUACAGUUUGCUUCUUAAAUAAUCACGAAUCCCUUUCUAUCAUUUUAUAUUUCCAAUUUAAAUUCGAAAAAAUGCAAAUUUUUAAUUAAUAUUUAAGUUUUCAUAUCUGGCAGGCAGUGGGCCUGUACCUCCAUUUCUUCCAGCUAAUGGCCCCCGACCUUCACUUCCUUUACCUUUGGCUGGCGGAAAUCCUCCGUACCCAUCAUCUUCUCCAGAAGGUGAGUCAUAUUCUCCUCUAACAUCUUCAGCUAGCGGUGGGUCUCCAUCUCAAUCAUUGUUUCCAGCCGGUGCCCAUUUACCUUCGUCUUCAUCAUCGCCGUCUGACAGGAAUCCUCCUAACCCUUUAUCUCUUCCAUCCGAUGGCCACCCAACUACGAGUCCUUCGCCUUCAUCUGGUGGGGAUCCUCUACAACCACCAUUACCUUCUCCAGAUGCGCAGCCACUGGCUGGCGAUGGACCUCCAUCUCUUCCAGCUGAUGGCCACCCAACUUUACCUCCUUCAUCUUUGUCUGGCGGGAAUCUUCCGCUACCACCAUUACCUUCUCCAGGUGGGCAGCCAAUGGGUUGUGGUGGACCUCCAUCUCUUCCAGCCUAUGGCCAUCCACCUUUACCACCUUUACCUCCUUCACCUUCAUCUGGCGGAAAUCUUCCGUUACCACCAUUACCACCAUUACCCUCUCCAGAUGGGCAGCCACUGGCUGGCGGUGGACCUCCAUCUCUUCCAGCUGAUGGCCAUAUACCUUUACCACCUUUACCUUCGUCUGGCGGGAAUGUUCCGUUGCCACCAUUACCUUCUCCAGAUAGGCAGUCAUCAGCUGGCGGUGGGCCUGUGUCUCCAUCAUCUCUUCCAGCCGAUGGCCAUCCUCCUUCACCUUCAUCUGGUGGGAAUCCUCCGUUACUACCAUUACCUCCUCCAGAUGGGGAGCCUUUAGCUGGCGGUGGGCCUCCAUAUCCAUGUCCUCCAGGCAAUAGCCAUCCACCUUCACCUCCUUCCUUGUCGCCAAUACAACUUCCGACGUCACAGCCACAACUACCAUUACAACAAUCACCGUCAUCGUCCUUACCGUUGACUAAAUCUCCAACCUCAUCUCCUGAGAGCGGGGAUCUUACCGGUUCUACCAACCCCACAACAGCUGCUUCUCCCACUGGACCUGCUCCUGACUACUUCAUCAUUAAUUCUUUACGCCGCAGGUGCAGUCCAGAUGAAAUCCCAACCGAUGGUAAGGCAAAAAUUCAAGUUGCAGUAAUGAAAAAGUAUAGUCUCUUGUGCAUUCCUCAAAUACGUGUGAUAUUCAGGAAGAACUCUUGGACAAUCUGGGAUACCGUGACAGUAAUCUAUAGCCAUGCAUUUGGCCUGCGGUUUUUAUUAAUUCCGUCAAAUUGUGAAAAUAUAUUAGCACAAUCGUUUUAAAAUAUUGAUUAUUAUGUUACAUCUUUAGCUUCCGUUAAUGCCCAAUGGAAUGAAAAUAUAUGGCGUUUUUUACAUCGCUGCUUCCGGAACAAUGAAUAUAAGAAAUUCACCUGCAAAAAUCGCUGUGGCAUCGAUGAGAGAUUGGACAAUGUUACCGUAUGGAAUAGAUUUAUACCCCUAUGCUACUGUGACAAGCUUUGCGAUGGCUUUGGUGACUGCUGUUUUGACUUCGAUGCAAUGUAAGCUUUCCUCCUCUUUACUGCUCGUUGUCUUUUGUGUGUGUUGCAUAUUCCUAGGUUGCGGUACCAAAAAAAAAAGGUGAGUGACAAUGGUUGCUUCAAGGUGUGCGCUGUCCACGGUAGUAAGUAAAUAAUAAGUAUAUUCGUCCUACUAACGGAAUCAUUUUCAAUGAGCGCAAGUGAGCGUUUAAAUAAGCGUGUACGUUGUAAAACCGUAAUCCCUACACUAACGUUUAACGUACCGGGCAAGUAAAACUUAGUAUACAUUACAGUUGUAAACUCCGCGCACAUCUGAUUUAUCUAACGAUUUAAUUAAUCCACCAUAUUGACAUAAAAAUAUCGACUGGAUUUAGCCAUAGACGACUCCCUGCAACACGAAUUGCAUGAAUAAAGAACUUUUAGAUAGACCUAACUUGAAUACUUGCACUAUCUGCAAAAGUCAGUAAGAUUUAAAAUCAAACCUAUCCACGACUUGCUCGCUUAUGUUUUCCUCGCCACAGACAGUUUCUUGCUUUUUUUUUCGGUCUCGAUAUCAUGACCAUCAAUCGAGAGGUGCCAUGCAAGCAAUUUGUGAUGACUUUUCAGAAUGCUCUUAGAGGUCUUAGUUCUCUUAUUUAUGUUACGGUUUCCCUAAUAGUUGUCGUGAGCGAGUCAAUCCUGAGAGAAGCACUCUAAGUACCACUGAAACCUGCUUCGCUUUAAGAAAUAACCCAAUUAGACCAAUUUACAACGGUUACGCUGUCUGGAGAAUGUGUCCUAAAGAAUGGAAAGAAAACGAAACGCGAAAAAAGUGUGAGGACGAAGACCGAAGUGACCUUCCCAUAAGUUUGCCGGUUUUUGACGGAGACAGUCUGAAAACGUUUAAAAAUAUAUUUUGUGCAAGAUGCAAUGGAGCUGUCAACACGACGUACUGGAGACUUCAUUUUGUCUGCUAUUCAUGGUUUAACUUUACCGCAUCUAAUUUUUCCACCAAUAUGGACAUUUUGCUGAACAACUGUUCGCUAGAGAUAUCGCCGCAAGAUUUCCAGCUUAACUCAUUGAAACGAUGCAUUCCUCGUUUUCAAGAUUGUAAAGUGAUGAGUCAAAAAGUAAACGAAUCUUACUGCCAAAUGGAAUGCCUGCGGUACGCCUUCCCAGUGUGUGAAAAAAAAACACGUUUUCGAAACCCACAAUGCGCAUUAUGUAAUGGCUUCAAACCUGUUGAUCUCGGACAUAACUGUGUAUCUGGAAGUGGUCCGGUAUCUCCGCCAUUGACUAUCUUGUUUGAUUUUACUUCCACGUCGAGAUGCAAUAUUCGGGUAGACGAGAGAAAAGAAGGCGUGUCUCAACGGGUUGAACGUACCAUAGUUUGUUCUGAUGAUGAACUGUACGAUCCCUACGCUGCAAGUUGCAAAAAAGUUGUCUCCCUUGAAGAUUAUAGCGACCCUCGGCAGGAUAAGCAAAAUGGCUCAGACUUCUGGAAUCCAAACUGUACUAUUGUGGCGUUUAACAAAACAGAUUUCAAGCAACUUCUCAACGGAUCUAUCUAUUUGAAGAAACACCGGAAAACCUACGUCGAUAACACGUACAGAUUUAUGGACGAUAAAUUGCUGUUAUGCGUCAAUUUCUCAAGGAAUUUUACAAGAUCAGAUAACACUCGUCGUUAUCAACGGAACGAGAUCACCAGAGCUACGCCUGCAUCUUUACAGUUGUUUACUUUUAUUGGAUCCAUAAUAUCGAUGGUUUCUCUGAUUCUUCUGCUUUUGACAUACAUAAUGUUUACCGAGCUCCGCAACCUACCGGGGAAAAUAUUAAUAAACUUAGCCAUCUCUCUGCUGCUGUAUCAGAGUUUUUUCUUUGUAGGAGGAGAGACCGACGAUCAUGACACAUGUCUAUCAGUUGCAGUUCUUCUCCAUUUCUUCGUCCUCUCUUCCUUUACUUGGAUGAACGUAAUGGCUUACGAUGUGCAUCGGAUUUUUGCUCCGUUUAGUAAGUCCAGUUUCAUGAUUUAUAUGUAAAUGUAUAGCGAGUGCGUGCCGGUAUGCAAGCAUGUACUUGAGAGCGCAUUUUUGAACGACCAGCCUACAAAGGGAACCUUAAUUGAUUAGUGUUCCAUGUACCUGACGAGAGAGGACCAGUAGGCCCUUUCGAAACAGUUCUGUAGUGUAAUGUUGUAAUUUCUCCUUUUCUACUUAAUCGACCAUUAUUUAGCUUCACGAGUGUAAAGCACUCUGAGACUCAAAGAUAAGGUUUCUGCGUAUAUAUAUAUGCGGGUUGGUACGGGUCCUGGAAAAGCUGGAAAGACUUGGAAUUUUGUUUUGACAUUUUCCGGGACUGGAAUUUCCUGGAAAAAGACUGCAGGUCUUGGUAAGCCUUGGAAAUCAGCUUAACUCAAGCAAUGAAGUUUUCAGAAUUUAUAUAGACCAUAAGGAGAAUGGAUUUUGAAAUCUUGGGAAUGAAAGGUUUAUAGUGAAUUUAGAGUCCUAGAAAAAUCAAUCUAAGUCCUCCAAAAUUUCUUGAAAUUUGUUUCUGAAAAAAAGUACGAACCCUGUAAAUAUUUGUCGCUUGCAUUACGGAGACGUGGUAGACUUGAAGAAGAGAGGUGCUCGGGCAAGACGCACAACUCCCGCAAUGCCUUUCUCCAAACAGGAGUAUAAAUCGUUACUGGUCAACUGUCAGGAAAGCCUGACGAAAUUUCAGGUUGGGAUGGGGUUGACAGUGUAGGUAUCUUGCGAUGGUUUAUAAUCCCAUUGAGUAACCCUUGCAUCACUUGAGGGCAGAGAAACUUGGAAAACCCCGAAAGAGGCAAUCUUAUGAACUGACUUAACCCAGCCCCAAGUCUUCGAGGUGUUUGAACGGCAGGUUUAUGACCAAUUGCAGCCAGAGAAAGAGAGAGAGAGAGAGAGAGAGAGAGAGAGAGAGAGAGAGAGAGAGAGAGAGACCUUUGACAGAACAAUUUCCCGUUCAGCCCCCUACCGAUUCAUUAAGUUCAUACUAUAACCUAAGUUGGUCAUGACGCGCCUUAUCAUUAUUUUAAAAGACGGAUCGGGAGUUGCAGCGAAUCUGCGUGAUGACGACAAGAAACGUCUCGCUGCCUACAGCGCGUACGCCUGGGGAGCUCCUACUGCGAUCGUUGUCGCAUGUGUCGUAAUUGAUCAUACAGAAAAAGGAGCAAUCGGAUAUGGUGAGUUCUUUGCAUUGCUAAUUUAUUGAAGCUGUCCGGAAAUAAACCGUCAUUAGAGUUUUCACUGACUCUUUGGCCCGUUUUAAUUUAUCGCCUGGAGCAAGGUGGGGUGGGAGGAUUUUUGUUCUGUCACGAAAAAGAAAUCACUGAUCUCCUUAGAAGUCCUCUGAAUAUUCUAUUCUAUUCCCUCAUUGGUAUUUAAUUGGCAGUCAAUUUUCUUGAGUCCUUCUUUUAUACUCUAUUAGCGAAACUAUCCCCCCCCCCGUUCCCCCUCCCCUGGUCCCCUGGGGUAUACAUUUCCAUCCUCAUUUAAUAAUUAUUUUCCCUUUUUCAAUGAGAAGCUUUUAGCAUUCUGAAUUUGUGGAUUUUUUUUUGUAUUUGCCAUAGGACAAGGUGCAGAGGAAUGUUUCAUAUCUCACCCGCGGGCCAAACUUUAUUCAUUUGUUCUGCCUGUUGCACUAGUCCUGGUCUUUAAUCUGUUGGCGCUCGGGCACACUGUGAGUCACAUCCUCAAAACACGAAAGGUAUAUGUAAAUUUGUUCAACAUUUUUACCUUGAUCCUUUAGUGGAAAAACAUGAGUGGAUCGCCCCGUUGUUUUACAAGGAAAUUUCAGAUGGAAUACUUAAUCUAACCAUUUUAUAGAAGGAGGAAGUUUCUAAAAAAAUGUAGAGCUGCGUCAGUGGGAGAGUAUAGCAGGGUAAUUCAGUAUUAUCAAUUGAGUUGAUAGCGUAAAUUUACCACCGUAAAUAGUUUCAAAGUUGACGUUUGGAGCGUUAACCCUUCGUCAGAGCGAAUCACUAUCGCUUUGACGAAGGGCUAACGCUCUUGGAAAUUUUCUCCUCCGUGAAAUAUUUAUUUGUACUCUCUUGCAGGAAACUCAGCAAAUCACCCAUCAACGACAAAGCAGCAGUGUGGCUGUAAUUUGCUUCAAAAUGGUGUCAGUUAUGGGCUUGACAUGGAUUCUGGGAAUUGCUGCGAACGUGAAGGCUUUAUCAUUCUUAUGGUACCCGUAUGCGAUUUUAAACAGUCUUCAAGGCAUGUUUUGUUUUACUUCUUAUCAAAUUAAUAAGAGAUAAUAAUAUUCUUGACCUGUGGAAGGUAAAAUAUAUUGCCGGGGGAAUUGAUUCACGCAGAAAAGGUUUAGAGAACGAAAACUUACAAAUAAAUUUAUAAUAUAUAACAAUAUAUCAUUAACGGUGCAUAGCUUUGCCGGCGAAAAACGGAAACGGCGACGCUGUUUCUUAAAAGUCGACGUAAACAUUGAUUCCUAGGAUCAAAUUUAUACAGAAAGCCUGACAAAUUACUCGACAUAAUUACGUAAUAUUACGCAACGGUACAAACAUCAAGCACAGGUACACAAUACAACUAACGACACGUACAAACACUCACAGGUUAUUAACACGUAAACGCUAUACACACAGGAAACGGUAUGACGAUAAGUUUCGCGAUUAGAAUAACCAUAAAUUCCCCGACUUUUACUCCAUUUCUUCCUAGGGCUGUUCAUUUUUCUGGCAUUCGCUGUGAGUGGAAGAGCUUUGGAGCUGUACAAAAGUAAACUGCCGGGCAGAAUGACAAAGAAAUCGCCAGUAUUGAAGCGAAACCAGAUGGCUUCUAAUUGUACUCUGCAAUCCACUUGCAAUGUAGCUUGUGAUUAUCAAGAUAAUCGAGAUACUUACCUCUAGAAAAAGUUAACAAACUUAUUAACAAACGUAUUACGGCUUUAAGUGUUGAGCGUGUUUAAUCAGACGUAUGUAACUUAAUAUGACAAGCAGAAUGAGAAUAUGCUUCACUGAAGGCGAGUGAAGUUCUAAUUUGUAUUUAGCAUUUGACAAUAAUAACAAUAAUGUUAAUAAUAACGAUAAUGAUGAUGAUUAUCGUAGUAAACUCCUACAAAAUCUCAGCGCACUUUACAUAUGAAAGAAACAAUACAAAGAUAUAUAACUUACUAAAUAAUCCAGAAAAACUGAAUCAUAACAUAUUCAAGUUUGUAAAACAUACAUCGUAACUCGUAAACGAGCAAUUGGGAAUCCUUCUGCGAUAGAAGGCCAUAUUGCUAACAUCUUGAUUUCGCGAACGGGACUUUGAGCGCGAUGUUUGACGAGUUCGCUUGAAAUUUAAUUUAAUGUAUCUGACGCGUAUCUUGGCUGCGACGAAACACAGCGUCAUACUGGCCAUGAAAUCUUUUCUUAGUAUUUGACCAUUUUUCAUAAGAUAUAUUCUACUUAGUGACAUAGGAAAUAAAUUACAUGCAAUCAUGAUACAAUUGAUAUUGCUAGUAUUUACAAAUCCUUUUGUACAAGAUAACUUGAACACACAC